AUUACUCCCAUUAAAAAACCUUACCAGUUGCCCGUUGAAGUCUGCGGCUUCAUUUUGAAGAUUAAAAAAUGAGAGUACUAUUUAUGGAGUAGUAAUUUUUACACAAGUUAAACAAAACUGGUGAAGUUUAAAAAGUUGGUCACGGUGGUUGAUUAUCAUCCAAAUUCGAGAGAGAGGGAGAGAGAGAGGAGAAAAUGUGGUGGUUUAGGAGAAAAGGGCCUUCUGGGUUCUCUUAUUCUUCUACAGCUGAGGAAGUCACAGAGGGAAUCGACGGCUCUGGCCUUACUGCCAUUGUUACAGGAGCAUCAAGUGGUAUUGGCACUGAAACUACCCGCGUUCUUGCAUUGCGUGGUGUCCAUGUUGUCAUGGGUGUCAGGAAUAUGGAAGCAGGCAAAGGGGUUAAAGAAGCUAUAGCGAAAGAAAUUCCAGCUGCAAAGAUUGAUGCCAUGGAGUUGGAUCUCAGUUCAAUGGCAUCUGUUAGAAAAUUUGCAUCAGAGUUCAAUUCCUCGCAUCUUCCUCUAAACCUUCUAAUUAACAAUGCAGGAAUAAUGGCAACUCCCUUCAUGCUUUCCAAAGACAACAUAGAACUACAGUUUGCCACGAACCACAUAGGUCAUUUUCUUUUGACAAAUCUGUUGUUGGACACCAUGAAGAAAACAUCAGUUAAAAUGAAAAAAGAGGGAAGAAUUGUGAAUGUUUCGUCAAUGGCUCACAAGUAUACGUACGGUGAAGGAAUGCGCUUUGAUAAAAUUAAUGAUCAAGCAGGGUACAGCAGUGUAUUAGCAUAUGGCCAAUCCAAGCUUGCUAAUGUUUUGCAUGCUAAUGAGCUUUCUAGGCACUUAAAGGAAGAUGGGUCAGAAAUAACUGCAAAUUCACUUCACCCGGGACCAGUUACUACCAAUCUCUUCCGUCACUUCAGCUUUGUUGAAGGUCUUGUUAGCAAGCUUGGUUCUUAUGUGCUGAAGAAUGUUCAGCAGGGGGCGGCAACGACAUGCUAUGUGGCAUUGCAUCCUCAAGUCAAGGGGAUAACUGGCGAAUAUUUUGCAGACAGCAACUUGGCAAAAGCAAGUAAACAUGGUACGGAUGUCAACUUGGCAAAGAAGCUCUGGGAUUUCAGCAUGAACUUGGUUAAGUGAAGCACCCCAUAUGUAUCAUAAUAGACUACAAAGGGUUUCUCGGUUCAUAAUCGGCUUGCUACCACAGAGGCGUAGAUACAAUGGUUAAAUGUAUUGCCGAAUUGUUAGGUUUUUCGCAGAUGUAUUAUGUAUAUUGAGUUGCUUUCAUUCUUCGAUAUACUAGAUCUAUAAGAGGAGUUGCGCAGUCAUUCUGGUGGCUCAUCCCCGUGGUAGCCUGAAGGAAUAUCAAAACUCUCGUGUAUAAUGUUUACAACUUCUUAUAAGCACAUAAUAAAUCUACUUAUUGGCAAA